UCCAGAGAAUAGCCCCCACUGAUUUGCCCAUAUUAGCCUCCUCCCUCAGGCCUUAUUACGGCCUUUGACUGCAUGACCGUCAGAUACCCAGGGGCACUUUGGUUAAUCUGCAUGAUAUAUAAACCCCGGCCGCCUGUGCCGCCCUCCGUGUUUUUCAGUCGGUCGAUUUGCUAAAGCCCUAACCUUAAACCCUGCGGCCUCCCUCCUGAGCUUCGAUCCGCUGAGGAAUGGCGACUUCACUGCUUCUGCGAUCUCUGAGGCGCAGAGAGCUUCAUGGCUCCUCCUUGUUUGCUUACAAAUCCUUAACUGGCAAUGCCAAUCCAUCAGCUUCAUCCCUUGCCAACAAAUGGGCAAGCUUGGCAAGACCAUUCAGCUCAAAACCAGCUGGAAAUGAAGUUAUUGGCGUUGAUUUGGGAACCACUAACUCUUGUGUCGCUGUUAUGGAGGGAAAGAAUCCUAAAGUGAUCGAGAACAGUGAGGGGGCGCGUACGACUCCGUCAGUGGUUGCUUUUAACCAAAAAGGGGAACUAAUGGUGGGAACACCGGCAAAACGUCAGGCUGUAACCAACCCGACAAAUACAUUUUUUGCCACCAAACGUCUUAUAGGGAGACGUUUUGAUGAUCCUCAGACGCAGAAGGAAAUGAAAAUGGUUCCUUAUAAAAUUGUUAGAGCGCCAAAUGGUGAUGCUUGGGUUGAGGCCAAUGGGCAGCAGUACUCCCCCAGCCAAAUUGGAGCAUUUGUUCUCACUAAAAUGAAGGAAACUGCAGAAUCAUAUCUUGGGAAAACAAUAUCUAAAGCUGUUAUCACUGUUCCGGCUUAUUUCAACGAUGCACAGAGGCAAGCAACAAAAGAUGCUGGACGAAUUGCUGGUCUAGAUGUCCAGAGAAUCAUCAAUGAGCCCACUGCUGCUGCCCUCUCAUAUGGGAUGAACAAUAAAGAAGGGCUUAUUGCAGUAUUUGAUCUUGGAGGUGGAACAUUUGAUGUUUCCAUUCUGGAGAUAUCAAAUGGAGUUUUCGAGGUGAAAGCAACAAAUGGAGACACAUUUCUAGGAGGAGAGGACUUUGAUAAUGCACUGCUAGAAUUUCUGGUGAGUGAGUUCAAGAGGACCGAAGGAAUUGAUCUAUCGAAGGAUAGGCUCGCACUACAGAGGCUUCGUGAAGCAGCGGAGAAGGCUAAGAUAGAGCUCUCAUCUACUUCUCAGACUGAUAUCAAUCUUCCUUUCAUAACUGCCGAUGCUUCUGGUGCAAAACACUUGAACAUCACUCUUACUAGAUCUAAGUUCGAGACUCUAGUUGACCAUUUGAUCGAAAGGACCAAAAACCCCUGCAAAAACUGUCUCAAGGAUGCUGGAAUUUUGACCAAGGAUGUUACUGAAGUUUUACUGGUUGGAGGGAUGACACGUGUUCCCAAGGUGCAGGAAAUAGUUGCAGAUAUCUUUGGGAAGAGCCCGAGCAAAGGUGUUAAUCCUGACGAGGCCGUUGCAAUGGGUGCUGCUAUUCAGGGAGGCAUCCUCCGAGGAGAUGUUAAGGAGUUGCUUCUCUUGGAUGUGACUCCUUUGUCUCUCGGUAUUGAAACUCUUGGAGGAAUCUUCACUAGAUUAAUUAGCAGAAACACCACCAUCCCAACAAAGAAGUCACAGGUGUUCUCCACCGCAGCUGAUAGUCAAACUCAGGUGGGCAUCAAAGUUCUUCAGGGAGAACGUGAAAUGGCAGCAGACAACAAGCUUUUGGGUGAAUUUGAGCUCAUGGGUAUUCCUCCAGCUCCGAGAGGGAUGCCACAGAUCGAAGUUACAUUUGACAUCGAUGCUAAUGGUAUCGUGACUGUGUCUGCAAAGGACAAGGCCACUAAUAAGGAGCAGCAGAUCACAAUCCGAUCCUCUGGAGGAUUAUCGGACGAUGAGAUUGAGAAGAUGGUGAAGGAGGCUGAACUGCAUGCCCAGAAAGAUCAAGAGAGGAAGGCUUUAAUCGAUAUCAAGAACAAUGCAGAUACUACGAUCUAUAGCAUCGAGAAGAGCUUGGGUGAGUACAGGGAGAAGAUUCCGUCGGAGGUUGCCUCGGAGAUUGAAUCUGCUGUGGCAGACCUCAGGAAUGCAAUGGCAGGCGAGAACAUCGAUGAUAUCAAGGCCAAGAUCGACGCUGCAAAUAAGGCCGUUUCAAAGAUUGGAGAGCACAUGUCAAAGGGUUCUAGUGGGUCCUCGGGAGGGUCCCAGUCGGGCGACGAACAAGCUCCAGAAGCAGAAUACGAGGAAGCGAAGAAAUGAAAAGCUCACAGUUGAAGAGGUUUAAAUUAGUUCACAAAUUCAUUAUUGGGGUACGUACAUUGUCCUUGGGAGGGGCUUCUCUUUCUUGUCUCUCUAGUUUAGGGCGCGAAGACUGUUUAAGCAGUCGGGAAUGAUGAUUGGAUGUAAGAGUUAUUGGAGAUAGUUCUUUUGCCUGUAAUUUUUGUUGCCCGGUAAACUCGGGUUUCCGACAAGGUUUUUGAGGUGAUAAAAGUCGUUUAACAUGUGACAGUUCUCAA